AUGUCUGAUAUUGAAGAUAUGCAUUUUAGUCUAUUUAAUAAAUCUCAUAAUCAUCUAUUAACUUAUCGUGCAUUUGAACAAGUUCGUCUUAUUGCUCUUCGUCAUUAUUGGAUACCAAAUUCUAUAAUUUUUCAUAUACAAAAUGAUGAUUCACAAUAUGCAUUAGAAUUUUCAUUAAAAACAUCUAAUGAACAUUAUUAUUUAUAUAUACCAUGGAAUGUUGAUUAUGUACCAAUUCAAUGUCAUAUAUCAUGUCGAAAAUUAGCUGAUGAUGGUUAUGCAUGGACAAUACGUAUGCUUGAUAGAAUAUUAAGAUUAUUAUGUGAUCAUUGUCCUGGUUUAUUUCAACUUGAAUAUAAAAAUGGUUUAUUUGGUCGACAAAUAAAUCGUUCAAUUAUUUAUAAUGGUCUUGCUAAUCUUUGUCCAAUGGAUUAUAGUCAUUGGAAACAACGUGUACAAUUACAAUAUGAUCGUUUAAGUCCAACAAGACAAACAACAACAAUAUUAGCUGAUAUUGAACAAGCAAAUAAUGGUAAUGAAUAUGGUAUACGUUCAAUUAAAUAUCAAACACUUGGUCAUGGAAAAAUACUUAAUGAAACUUAUUAUGAUUGGUAUGUGUAA